AUGCCUCCACUAUUUCCAUCAUUUGAUGAUGAGAAAUUACAAUUAUAUUACCCCGACUACUUACAAUUGAAAUUAGUUCAAAUAAUUCACAGACACGGCGAACGUACACCAGUUAAAUCACGUCUAGAAAAAUUUAUACCACCAAUAUGGAAUUUAUGUCAAACGACAAAAGAAUUGACUACAAGAAUUUUAUCAUUUGACAAAUUGGAAAAGAUUGAUUAUAGAAUGAUAGUGGAUAUGAAUUCUCAUUUGGCACGUUCCUUGCCUUUGUCUCCUCCCGGAUCAUGCUUGUUUGGACAAUUGACCGAUGUCGGUCGUAAAUCAAUGUCUGAAUUAGGUGCAAACCUUCGAUCUUUAUACGUUGAUAAGUUAAAAUUCCUGGAUGAAACAUUAUCAAAUAACAAAUCACUUCACUUACGUUCAACCAAUUAUACAAGAACAAUUGAAUCAUUACAACAACUAGUGGUUGGAGGUUUAUAUCCUUCAAAAUUUAGAAAUGAUUCAUUGAUAUUAGAUAUUCAUACUAGAGAUAUAUUAAAUGAAACUUUAGUUCCAAAUUAUAAAUGUGCUCGUUUGAUGAAAUUAACCAAACAAUUUAACGAAGCUUCAAAAUCACUUUACAAAUCCGAAUUAGAAUAUUUAACAACUCAAUUGAAAUCCAUAGUAAAAGAAGUGGCUAUCGAUUCUAAACCUUCUUGUAAUGGAAUAUAUGAUACCGUGAUUUCUGCAAAGGCAAACGGAAUUCCCGUUCCAAAAGAAUUCACUGAUGAUAUCAUUGACAAAAUGGAUAAUGUAACUACCGGUCAAUGGUUUGACGGAUAUCAAGAAACCUCAGAAAUGAGGAGGUUGGCGAUGGGUCCUUUCCUCAUCGAUUUACGGGACAUUAUACUCUCAAAAGUCAAUAAUAAAUCUGAAACGAAAGAUUUGAAGUUUGCAGUAUUUAGUUGUCAUGACUCAUCGAUGGUCCCUUUAUUAACGAUAUUCAGUGGAUUCGAUCAUAGGUGGCCAAAAUUUAAUACACAUAUUACUUUUGAAUUAUUUGAAUCAAAUGAAAAAUCUUGGGUUUAUAAAUUAUUUUCUUCGGCUAAUGACAAUCAUUAUAUUCGUAUAAGAUGUAAUGAUAAGAUUUUAGUAUUACCUGAAUGUCAAAAGGAUGAUCAACAUCAUCCUAACGAUAAAUCUUUAUGUACUUUAAACGCUUUUUUGAGUUUGGUCGAUUCUUACAUUCCAAAAAAUUAUAUUCAAGAAUGUUCUGAUGAUUAA